GACAAUUUACCACCACCCUCCCAUACAGAUAUCCCUCUGAUACUGUCACACAUAUACUGUACCUCACUGACUGCACCGAUCCGGACACAUUUGGGAUAACGUCAUGCAAAAUAAUAGUUUUCUGGCAACCUGGCGAAAAGAGGAUUUGGAUAUUUCAUAAUUUACAUUUAUAUAUGGAUAUCUCUUUUUUAUUUCAAAUAACUUCGGAUCUGACAUGGAAAAAUACACAGUUUUAAUGAUGGAUAAUAUAAUAUGCCUACCUGAAAAACUGUAAAAAAAAAUUGACAUUGUGCUUUUUAUCAUCAUUGUUUCAUACACUACUUUAACUCGACAUGCGAGAGUUUGAUGGAGUUGCACGCGCUUCAGUGGCGCGCGCGGACCGGUCAGCGCGGAUCGUCUCGAGGCAGCGCGCGCGUGACGGAUUUCUGUCGUACCGUGAGCCGCGCGGCACCCCUCAGAGGAUUUACCUUCCCUUUAUCUUACUGCUGCUCAUGUUCACCCCAAAUGUGGACUCAUCUUGGUGGUACAUUGGUGCGUUAGGUGCUCGGGUCAUAUGUGACAACAUUCCAGGUCUAGUAAACAAACAGAGGCAGAUAUGCCAGCGACACCCAGACCUUAUGCAGUCCAUUGGAGAGGGAGCCAAAGAGUGGAUCAGGGAAUGCCAGCACCAGUUCCGACACCAUCGCUGGAAUUGCAGCACAUUGGAGCGGGAUCACACUGUGUUCGGCCGUGUCAUGCUGCGCAGUAGCCGGGAAGCAGCAUUCGUUUAUGCCAUCUCCUCAGCGGGCGUCGUUUACGCCAUUACAAGGGCUUGCAGUCAAGGCGAACUUAAAAUCUGCAGCUGUGAUACAGACAGGAGAGGCAGGGCGAGCGAUAAAGAAGGUGACUUUGACUGGGGCGGCUGCAGUGACAAUAUCAACUAUGGUAUCAAGUUUGCCAAAGCUUUUGUGGAUGCCAGGGAGAGGAUGGUGAAAGAUGCCAGAGCACUGAUGAACUUACAUAACAAUCGCUGUGGUAGAAUGGCAGUGAAGCGGUUUAUGAAGACUGAAUGUAAAUGUCAUGGAGUCAGUGGAUCGUGCGCUCUCAGGACCUGCUGGCUGGCAAUGUCAGAUUUCCGGAGAACAGGCGACUAUUUGAGGAAGAAAUAUAACACGGCCGUUGAGGUCACGAUGAACCAGGACGGUACAGGAUUUAUGGCUGCCGACCGAUAUUUUAAAAGAACUACCAAAAAUGAUCUUGUAUAUGUCGAAAACUCGCCAGACUAUUGUCUCAUGGACCGAUUCGCAGGAUCUCUCGGAACAGCAGGAAGGGUGUGCAACAAGUCAUCCAGGGCUAUGGACAGUUGUGAGAUCAUGUGCUGUGGGCGUGGCUACGACACCACCCGCGUAAAACGCUUGACCAAAUGCGAGUGCAAGUUCAAGUGGUGCUGCGCUGUCGAAUGCAUGGACUGCGAGGAAACCGUGGACGUACACACCUGUAAACCACAUAAGAAACCCGAUUGGCUCGAUUUGACCUGACCGUUGUAACCACGAUGACCAGUCAGCAGCCACGGUGCUUUUUUCUCAGGUUUUUUUGGAACUAUAACGCUCCACUCGCCGAACCUUUAACUUUAUUCUCCUUUAAAGAUGUAAGCAUGGAGAAGCAUGGAGCAAUUCUCGUAGGCCAGUCAGGAGCUGUGGAAGUCAGUGGCUGUCAUGGGAAAUUAUGGACAUUGUUUGGUGUCUCGAGUUGUGAUCUGGAUGCGAUCAUUUUACUAUUUUUAAAUUGUAAAAUUACAUUUACAUUAUAUUUAUGCAAUCGGCAGUCGCUUUUCUCCAAAGCGACUUAUAUGUGUGUUCACUGGGACCUUUUGCGCUGCUAACACAAUCAGUUCUAGUUUCACAAAGAAUAUCAAAAUAAAUUGUAUUACAGGCCAAGAACAAUUCCAUUAAAUGGUCCAAAAUGACACUUUGAAGGGCGUUGUAUAAAUAUUGUUAAACAGUGAUAACUGUGUUCCCCUUCAUUUAAUUCUUGCACCAUAAUUUUUGAUAUGAGAUUUGUACACAAAAGAAAUAGAAGAUCAAAUAUCAAUUUAUGACAUCCCACUGUUGUUGUACUUUAGAGAAAUAUAUUUUUAUUUCUUGUUAUCUUUUCAAUACCCCAGCACUAAAACAUCCCUUUCAAUAUGAGCACUUGUGUUUGGUUUGGUAGGGUUCACCUCAGAUAACUUGUCUGCCAUCAAAUUAAUUUUUUUCACAGAG